UGAGCACACGUCAUUCACCCCUUACCAAAAAUUAACAUAGACCGUCCAAAACAAUUUGGCCGACAAAAAUGCAACAAUUCAUCGGUCGAAAUGGAAACCGUUAGCUACGUCAAAAUAGCCUAGCAAAUCUGUGUAUCGUGAGGUCUUGGUGAAGAUUAACGACAGACUGCCUCUUUUCAGUGCAGCGCAACAUCAUUGAAAAUGGUCUCUUGCUAAGCAGCUAACUGGCUAGCUGGCUAGUUGGCUGAGACGAAAACAGCACGCAGAGAAUGGCAGAUGAGCGAGUGGGUGAGGGGGGAGCACAACAGGCCUCGUUCAUCUCGCCCUGGCUCAAAAUUGGACACAUAGAAUUUGCCAACUGCAUGAUUGAACGAGGCAUUCAGAAGAUGUAAUAAUUAUUCGAAAUCCCUCUCUCCCCCUCUUGGUUGACUGUCUCACGUUCCAAGCUGCGAAUCGACUUCCUUUUUGCUAUCGAAGAUUCUUCGUUUCAUGAAGUGAGGGACAACGUGAGGGGGAAAGUGUGGAAAUCCACAGUCUUUUGGGAAUUGGGGAACAUGCAAUAGAAGUGAAAACAUUUUUAAACUGACAUAAUAUCCUGGCAGAUCCUAAUCUACUCCUGUCAACACCACACUACUUUAAAGCAAACAGUGCUGAAUUCUAUAUUAUGUGAUUUUAAAUGUGCUGCAGAAUUGAAGAUUUACCUGAGAAGGUGGUCCACAUAAAAUUAUUAUAAAUUGUCCUGCUCAACAUCUAAAAAAGGACCUCGGCACAUUAAAGCAUGAGAUGCUAAGUGUCAUGCAAAAGACUUUCUUAAGAAGAAAUAGUCAACGUGCAAUUUCCAUGCAUGGACAAAUCAGAGAUGCACAGCAAAGCUGUGAUACCUUGUCAGGCAAACACUUUGAUUACACAUUGCCAACAUAUAUUGUGAUGUGAUUCUUCUGAAGCACUUAGAAAAGACUGUUAUAUAUGUCCAACAAAAUAAUGGUAUUUAAUUGAAAAAAAAACCAACAACAACUGAUUAAUUCAAGAAACAAAUUGAGUAUCACUUCCUCACUUAAACCAUCUUUCCCCACCUCUCUUGAAAAGAGAGUAGGUGAAAAGUGAAGAGUUGUCAUUUGUUCUGAAGAUUUUGUUGAAACGUUCAAAUCAGAAGCUAUUGGCAGCAGUUAAUGCAGCAUUUUCUUGAAGUGAGAUCACUCCAGCUGUAAAUCUUUUUGUGGGUGGAGCCAUUGUCGCCGCUCCUGGAGCUGGUGGUGUGCCUUUUGCACCUCCAUGUCCCAGUGAGUGGGAGAUGUUCCAGUUUGGAAAAUACAACUUGGACAUCAUAGAGAUGCUGAGUGGACACCAGGCUCAUCAGUUCAAAGGCCUUGGAUUAGAGCGACAGCUACAGCAUCAACAACAAGUACAACUUCAUCAGCACCAGCUACAGCAACAGCAACAGCAGCAGGCAGAAUCAUCCGGAGCACUUCUGUCAGGACUGGGCCUGGGACCUCUUCAGGGGUCCCGGAGCAACGCCUUCACUGAUUCCACGUCAAUUUUUGCCAAAAUGAGUGCCCCUCCCCCGCCUUUGCAACAACAGUCUCUGUCUUCAUCCUCGCAAAGUUCUCGAAAAUCUAGCAAAAUGUCUGGUAGUAGCAGCAGUGGAUACCCUCAGUUUUUACGUUCAUUUCACACAUCUGAUGCAGCUCUUGCCCAGGAGCAACUGCAUCCUGGAGUGGGUCGCUUUGAACACUUUGGAGGCAGUGGCAGCAGUGGAAGUGUUGGAGGACUCGGAGGAUUGGUGUCUUCCGGACCCCCACCCCCUCCCCCAUUGCAUCCUGGACUCUCUGUUCCCCAAGCGUCACCAGGGCCAUCUUCUUCUUCUCCAUCUCCGUCAAGCUCAGUAGCAACCUCCAACAACCCCCCCAGCAGCAGCGCAGUCACAUCGUUAGGGCACCAGUUGGUCGGAGCCCAGUCUGACGCCCGCAGCCUUCAUCAGCAGUUCAGCUGUAUGUUAGCCGCCAAUCAAUACUUUCUCUCUGGUGUUCCAGCAAAUGCCAGCUUGGAGCAGUUCUUGGUCCAACAAGGCAGCCAUAACCACCUUGGUCUUGCUGGUGAUUCAGGCUCUGGCCUCGCACCUCCUCCUGCUCUUCAUUCCUCCCAUUCUCACGCCGCCCCUCCACAGCAGCAGCAGCCACCCCAACAGCAGCAGUUGCCCCCUCAUACUCUGUCACACCCUCACCCUCACUCCCACCCCCAUCACCCUCUUCAUUCAACCUCCCAGCCUUCAUCACUAGGUAGUUUUGACUUUCAAGGUAUCCCAGUCCUGUCCUCAAACCAGCUAGCUUCUCUCAUGCAGCAAGAAGCAGGUCUUCCUCUCCCAUUGCCUCUUCAUCUCUCUCUUUCCAAGGACGAUGGAAAAGGCGACAGUGGGGGAGGGAGUGGACAUAGUGGUGGAGGUAGGAGAAAGAAAGCUAUGGCAGGAUACAUGCCACAAAGAAAAUCUGAAAGCAACAACAAUAAUAGCAGCAGUAAUAGCCACGGUGCUUCAAAUCCUAAUUCAAGUAGUACUGGUUCCAGCGGACUCAGUCAUAGCUCGUCUUCAGGCCAUGUGGGUGGAGGUGGAGGAAUUGGAAUGUCAGGUCAUGGACAGCCCCCCUCCCUCCUCUCUUCUUCGUCAUCGUCUGUGGUGUCAUCGUCUUCCUCUUCAGCACCCUCAUCAACUUCAGCAUCUGUGUUGGUGACGAAUGGCUCACACCUCUCCAAGCCUAACAGUCUCGGAAGCAUGGGGCCGCCUCCUCAGCCUGAACCCGAGCCGAUCUACCAUUGUGGUGAAUGUGGCAAAACUUUUACACAUCUUUCAAGUCUGCGAAGACAUCUGCGCUGUCAUGAAUUGACCACUGCAGGUACCGCUGGCACCAGAAGUAAUAAUCCAAACCCUGUACAGCACCCUGCCGAACGGAGUGUUCCUCACUCAACUCAGCCGUCAAGUUCAGCUGCUGCGGCUGCUGCUGCUGCUGCUGCUGCUGCUGCUGCCGCCGCGGCCGCCGCCGCUGCCUCAUCCUCCUGCCCAAGUCCUGACAAGACUUUCCACUGCUCUGAGUGUGGGAAAGGAUUCAAGAAAAAGGGGCAUCUCAUUCAGCAUGGCGUAAUUCAUUCAGGAGCAAAGCCGUUCGCCUGCUCAACAUGUACUCGCGCUUUCAACCGCCGAGAGUCUCUGACACGCCAUGAGAAGAUCCAUGAAGAGAAACCGUUUCGCUGCCCCGCAUGCGGACGCUGUUUCCGAGAGAGCACCUCUCUGUUGAACCACGCAGCCUCUGGCACGUGUGGAAAACCAGGAAGGCCUGCCCGACCACGGAGCCCUGGAAUCGGCGGUGCCAUGGGUGGUAAAAGCAGUAAGAGUGGCACAGCCAUUGACGGAGGGAUGGGUAUCAGUGGUGUAGGUAAAUGCUGGGGUGGGGGAGAGGUGUGAAGCCUUGGAAAAUUGGCAAGUAAAAGACAAAAUAUAGUCUUGAAAUUUUAUUGGUCUGGCUUGUCUUUUUUUUUCUUGUGUUAAAAACAUCCAUAGAUGAUAAGAUGUUUCUUCAAAAUGUGUCAUUUUUUUGCAGGUUCUUACAGGAGUGAUGGUUACAGUGAUGACUACAAAGAUCAGCGUUCACAAAGCCACCCAUAUUCUGGGCCUUCCACCUGUGGUAGUGGAAUGAGUGGACCUGCACUGAGGAAGGCACCUCUAGCACCUACUCUCCAUCCACAUCCUCAGAGCCAAAACCAACAGCAACAUCAUCACCAACAGCCACACCUCCCCCUCUCCUCCCUUCUGGAUGACUCUGAAGAUGAUGUUACAAGUUCAGUAAAUAAUGCUAUAUCUGCGAUUACUGCUGCUGCUGCCAACUGCAUGAGCAACGAUAUGAAUAGUGGUGGGAAUCGAGGAGAUGACCGUAGAGACAUAAUUGGAGGGUUGCUGGGUGGCCUUGGUUUGGGACCCCUCGGGGUCUCACCAGGUGGUCCAUCAUCCACCUCAGGCAUAGAUAAGUCGUAUAGGGGAGGCGGUAAUCCAGGAAGCAUGGGUGGUAUGGGCCCAAAUCAGCAGAAUCCAGGUGGCAAGCCCAAACGUCCACGGAAGCCCCGCAAGAAGAAAGAGCCCGGGCCAGGUGGCGAGGUCAUCAAGAGAAGGCAGCCUUCCCACAGGGGAAUCAAUGGCAAUGAGCGCCCAUAUCUGUGCAGUGUCUGUGGUCGAGGGUUUGCCAGGCGUGAGACGCUACGCAGACAUGAUCGCAUACAUACUGGUGAGAAACCUCACCACUGCACAGUCUGUGGUAAAUAUUUCAGAGAAGCCUUCCAUCUCUCCAAACACCACACAGUUCACUCUGGGGAGAAGAAUUACAAAUGCGGUCUUUGUGGUAAAGAUUUUGGCUAUGCGCAGAGCCUUAAAAGACAUGCUAAGCUGCACCAAAAAGGAGAGCUGGAAGAGGUUCCCACAACUCCAGGUGGAGAGAACCUGAACAACUACACAACAAAUUCUGGGGGCAUGAGUCAAGAUAGGGGUCAUGGGAGCUCUUCAUAUUAUUCAUAUUCACAAGAUGUUAAGCCUCAAGGUUCUAGCAGUCAGCCUCCCCCCAGAUUGUACACGUGUGCGAUAUGUUGGAAAUCUUUCCGUCAUCAUUUUCAUCUAACUGCACAUCAUCAAACAGUUCAUGAAACUGGGGGAGAAAAGCUUUUUUCCUGUGAGGUGUGUGGAAAGGCCUUUGCAUAUUCCAACAGCCUCACAAGGCACAGGCUUUCCCAGCAUGGUUUGUCACGUACAGGCCAAUCAAAUUCACAAGGUGAUACUAGUGGCCCUGGGGCCAGUAAUAGUGUAAGUGUUAAUGUAUCUGAGAGUGAGGCUGCUACAAAUGCCUUGCUGCAGCUUGCUCCCCCUGGUGGUGCUCAUGGGGAACAGCAGUCACACGGUGGCGUUCUCCAUAGUCAUCAGCCGCCGCCCCCACAACCACAAGCGGGUUAUUCCCCUUUGUUCUAUGUCCCAGAUACAAACACAUCUCACCCCUCAUCUUCCAAUGCCUCCCCGUAUUCUCACCCACUUUCCUCCAGCUCCAACAUACCGCCCCUCAGCCAUCAGCAGUCGCCAACAGGUGUGAAGGGGGAGCCUCUAUACCAGCCAGGUACGGGUCACACAAUGAACACAAAUCCUUCUGGGCAUCCCUCUUUUGGGAUGUCCCCUAAUGAACCCCAUCCUCUCCAUCACCUUCACCACCAUCAGCACCAUUCAGAUGAGCUUCAGUCUCAUCAUCAGCACCAUCAGAGCUUUCACUCGCAAGAUGACCUGAGAAAAAAAAAAAAAAAAAAAAAAAAGAAGGAUCUCCGAUCGAGAGGAGGAUACAGAUGGGACGAGAGGGUGGGAAGGGAGCAGAUGGGGAGGGAGAAAGAUCUGAGGAGGAGAAUGAAGAUAAAAAGGAGGGCUAUUCGCCGCCGGCAACGCCGCUUCAGGAAGCGCAUGGCCCUACUCUUGAGGAUUAGACGAGGAGGAGGCGGAGGAGGAGGAAGAGCCCCAGCAUGUGAACUAGCUUCUGCACGGGGGUUAAAGCUUCACAGUUUAUCAUCUUUACAAAACCCUCUCAAGCGGUUUCCCUGUCCCCUCUGCCCCCGCUCCACCUUUUCACGACGGGCAGCCCUUGCAGUCCAUCGUGCAACCAAGCACUGUCCCAGAGUCUGUUUCCCUCAUGAGCGUCUGAAAUGUAUCGUCUGCGGGAAACAGUCUCGGAAAUUUUUGUCCGCCUUCAUUCACAGGGGUUCUCACUUGUCCAAGGGAACUUUCUCUUGUAAACGCUGCGCUUCGCGUUUCUGGAACCCCAAUCUCCUCAAGCGACACAAGUCAGCCUGCCGCGGAAAGCUAGCAGGCUUGCGCCGAGGAAAAGGACUUAAUUCGAAAUUAGGAACACCGGCAGUUGACAAGGGAGGAGAUGGCCUUAGUGGCCAACCUUACAUGUGAUACAGAAACACUUAAGUGUUCUCUUGGCUUUUGAAGAAGAUACGAAAAAGAAAAAACAAAACAUGACUUUGAGGUUUGGUAUGUGCAUGCUAAUAACGAAGAUUUGAUCACAUAUGAAUGGCCCAUGUUGGAUUCUACCAUUUUGGGAGGCACCAGUACCUCAUCUAACCAGUGACUGUUUUAGACGGUGCAUUUUCCUUCUCAAUAUCAUGAACUGUGCUAAUAAUCUGAACUAACCUAAAACUUAAAGCAAGCACCCAAAAUCCCAGUUACAUGGGAUGAUUUUUUAAAAAGGGCAUCACAGUUCCUUUCCAGAUUAUCCUUAACCUUUAUGUGCAUUUACAGUACUGUGGAUCAUUAGAUGAGUUUUCUGUGACUUGCUAAUACUUACCCUUUUCCUAACAGUAAUUAUUAGCCCCCACUGUAACCCAGCAAACUCUGUAUAAGUAUUCUGUCUCUGAUGUGUAUAAUGUGUAGUGGGUGUUCACUUAGAGAUGGUGUGGACAUAUGAUCUCUUUAAUGUAAAACUGCAUUUAAUAGGAGAGGAGGGAUCUUGGGAAAGUGAAGGUAUUAGUUUGAAGAAACUGUCUUUCCUUUUGGUAGUAUUUUUGUGCAUGUUGGACAUGUUAAACAAGUAUCUUAGCUGAUAUGAUGUUUUAAAUCACUAUGUGGCCGUUACACUUUAAAUCGAAUUUCAGUAGUGCAAUUAUUAUUUGUUGCAAUUGCAAUAUUUAUCUCCAAAUCCAGGCUUAUAGGCCUCAGACUUAAUAUUUGGAACUCAAGCACCUGAUAAGAUCAGGUGACAUCAGUGUUUUAUUAAGAUGUCAUAAUUGACAUCAGGACAAAUUGACAGUGAAAAGUUGAUUUGAGAAGUGCUUUUUAGAUGAAACACAUACUUUGAAUUAAAUUGGAAAUAAGAUAAUUUCUUGCCAAAAGUAAUUUAAGAAAUAAAGCCUUUAACCAAAAGUCUGUAUUGAACGUGGUAACCUCUGGUACCAUGAGCAGCAAUGUAAGCAGAAUUGUAGUGUUUUUACACUGAGGUUGACCUAGAAAAAAAAAAAAAAAGAACGGAACAAGUGUACUGUAAUGUAAAUCGUGUUGAUAUUUUAUUACUGUUACAAUGUCUCUUUUUUUUGCAAUCAAAUGCCUAAUAUUUUGUUUCUAUCAUUGCUACUUUAUGAGUAGGUGGAACAAGAAUGUGGGAGUUAUCACUGUAGAGCAGAACAUGACUUAACAUAUUAAUGUGUUUGACACAGCCUUUCAAACCCUAAACCUUAGCUCUUACACAUGUAUCACUUUUUUCUCAAGUAGAUAUCCAUACUACUCAUAGCCCUGUUUUCUUCAAAAGAAAGAAAUGAUUCUAAGUACCUUUCUAUCACUUUAUUUACCUAUGAUACAAAUGGUUGUUGAUUCUAAGCAUUUAAUAAAAAUGUAAACUGUA